AUGGACGGACGCAAUAUAUUGAAUUUAUUUAAUCAACAAUUGGCCGAUGUUGAAACGGUAGCUGGUACAACUGAAUUACCGUCUGAGAAACUUUCUGAAAUACUCAAUAAAAUGGUUCGUGAAGAAUCGAAGAGAAAGAAUACCAUGUCUGAAAUUCGCAAAAUUAGUAAUAAAUUGAUGAAUAGACUGAAAAAUGGACAUACCGAAAGCAACAAAAUGUUUCUUACUGUGGAUCAGAAAGCAGAAAUUCCCGAAUUACCUACCUUGAAAACAUCGUCGUCACAUCAUCAUUCAAAGUAUAAAUCAUCGGAACAAACGGUUUUUGCGGUAGAUGAUGAACAAUCAUCUGUUUUAUCUUCUUCACAACUACCAAUAACCAAACCAGAACCCAGCUAUCGAUCAUCUUUUCGGGAAAAUGAAACAGACAUUAAAUGUGCUUACUUAUUUCGUGGCGAUUCGCUCUACAAUAAUAAACCAAUGGAUCCUGGAAACAAUAGCAUAAACAAUAAUGUUGAACGUGUUAAUGUCUACGAUCCAUUUUGCCCACUUCAUGGCUCUAAACAUCGCAUGAUAAACAAGAGGAUAAAGAUUCGCGAUUUCGAUUAUCAUUUGACGAGUAUUGAAUCAGUUGACGAUACUGAACCAUCAGGAACAGAUUUCGAAUUGAUUUUUAGCCAAGGUUUCGCUGCAAAGUUAAUUCGAAAAAGACGCCGUGCCCUCCUAUCCGGUUCCGAAAAAUACCAGUCUGAUAAGGCUAAACGGAAGAUUCGAGUGAAUCUAUGGAUCGUUAGCUUAGCAUUUUUAUUCCUCUUUACCGCUUUUCAUGGAUUACAGAAUCUGCAAUCUUCUAUUAACGGUCAUCUUGGAACAGACAGCCUCUCAAUCUUCUAUAUCAGCUUAUCAUUAUCAUAUUUAUUUGUUCCGUCAUUUAUCUUGAAUCGUCUUGGUUGCAAGCGUACGUUAAUUGCAUCAUCGGGAAUAUUUAUGAUUUACAUGCUGUCAAAUUUUCUACCCAAAUAUUAUUCGCUUAUUCCAGCUUCUAUUCUUGCCGGAUGUGCUGGAAGCUGUCUUUGGGCAGCAAAAUGUGUCUACAUUUUGGAAUGCGGGACAAAAUAUGCGCAAUUAAAUAUUGAAGCGCAAAAUUUUGUCAUCAUCAGGUUCUUCGGUUAUUUCUUUAUGGUACUUCAUUUGGGUCAAGUAAUAGGUAAUCUCAUUUCAUCUUUCAUCCUAACAGCUGCAACUGGUUAUCAUCAGUUAGAAGAUCAGGUGCAGAAAUGUUGUGGUCACUCGUUUUCUGAUAAUAUAUCAUGCUUAAGCGAACAAGCAAUUGAAAAUCUACGACGGCCGGCACAAAGUGUUUAUCUGUCUCUUUGUGGCAUCUAUUUCUGUUGCACCAUCGUUGCACUCAUGAUCGUGCUUCUUUUUCUAAAUUCGUUGAGAAAAGAUGAAAUUGCCAGAUUAAAGGCACCAUUCUUUUCAACAGACAUUUGUAGAGCGAUAUUUCGGAAUCUUACCCAUCCAAAAUCUUUGCUAUUAGUACCGUUGACACUUUUUAGUGGUGCUGAACAGGCAUUUGUAGUAGGCCUUUAUACAAAAGCCUACAUUGGUUGUGGCCUUGGCAUUAGCCAAAUUGGAUUCGUGAUGACGGCGUUUGGUGUAACAGAUGCCAUAUGUAGCUUGGUUUUUGGGCCAUUAAUGAAAUUGUUCGGACGGAUGCCUUUGUUUGUUUUUGGUGCUGUUAUCAGUAUGCUUGUGUCACUAACACUUUUGAUUUGGCCUCUAAAUCCUGGUGAUACAUCAUUAUUCUAUGCCAUCGUUGGUGUUUUGGGCAUGGCUGAUGGUGUUUGGAAUACUCAGAUUAGUGGAUUAUGGAUAGCGCUAUCUUCUAGUCAGUUAGAAACUGCAUUUGCUAAUUAUCGAUUUUGGGAAUCAAUCGGUUUUGGUUUUGGGCUUAUUCUCACUCGUUUUACGAAUAUCACUCAAUUUUUACUCAUUUCAUUAGGAAUGUUAUUGGUUGGAAUGCUCUGUUACUUGAGCAUCGAAUUUUAUGACAGUAUCAGUCUAUAUAGUAGGCGGAUCGUCGAUAUAUGUCGAAUUGGACGUAAAAGGCAAUUUGGAAAUAAACCACCUCCGUCGAUGGAAACGUCAUUGAUCAGUGCGCCAGAGAAAGUAUGA